UUUUAUUUGCUGAAAAAGUUUCUCGCCUUUCAUUCAACUUUCUUCGAAUCCCUGUCCCUCGGCGGUUUCUACGAGGCGAAACUUGCCGAAGUGCCUCUCUACGACAUUGACGUAGACGAUUUUCAGAAAUUUCUCGAAGUUUUGUACGGAUUUCCGGUUAUUAAUGAUAACACUGUUGAAGGAAUCCUUUUACUGGCUGAUAUGUACCAAACACCGCUUGUCUCCGAGCUUUGCGAGGAUUUUCUCAUCGAAACCACCGGAAAAACCUACAAGAAGAAGCUGCAAAUGGCGAUAACGUUUAAUUUGGAGAAUUUGAAGCAAUUCUGCAUUUCAAUGAUCAAAUCUCCCUUCGGUCUUCGUUCUAUGAUCCCAUCGGACAUUUCCAGCAUCGAUCACUCUACGUUGGCGGCUCUUUUCACAAAAUCACUCACAUUAAUGAAAUAA